AUGGUUUCCCUCUCCUCCGCAGAGUUGAUGGCCAAAAAGCACUUAACGGUGCUCCUGCAAGAUGAAAUCUUUGCCGAUUUCUUCAACACAUUCCUGAAUCUUCCUGUAUUUGGCCAGACGCCCAUUUUCAUGGGAAACACCCGCAAGUGGUACCUUUGGCCAGAGCUACCCUGCAACCUGGCAUCAAAGCACAAGGGGCUGAUGAACUGGAUGGAAAAGCACCGCCUGCCUUUCUUCUACAAAACCAACCUGUGCCUUCAUUAUCUUCUCUGCGAGGAGCUCAUCAGCUUCAUCCGGUCUCCAGAGGCAGCGGAGAUGCUGAGAUGGAAGAAGGCGGACCAGUGGCUUCUCGAGAAAUGCGUUGCCGGCACUCGGGGAAUGUGGCGCUUCCGUUCCUUCCUGCAAGGAAUGGCAGGAGAAGAACUGGCCAAGUUUUGGCUAGCGGUGGAGCGGAUACUCAGCAUCGAUGAAACAGAGGAAUCCGAGCGGGAUCUCUACGUGUCGCUGAUCCAGGUGCUGAUGGCCACCCAUCUGCAGGAGGGGUCCACCGUUGUCACCCUGUGCAACAACACCAUCGAGUCGCUCCUGAAAACCCCCACCUAUCAUCCUCCGCACUUCGGCACUCGGAGGGAGGUGCUCGGCGAGAUGCAGAAAGUGGCCCUGUUCAAGAUCGAGAGUUACUGGCUGCCCAACUUCUACAUCCACUGCCGGCUGAGUGCAGAGCACGAGCCCAAGUGCCGGCACCUGCUGGAAGAGUACGAGGAGCGGCUGCGUCGGGCCGGCUUGCCCAAGACCUCCCCGUCUCCUCUGCCCCCAAUGAGCAUUCGGGCCAGCAGCCUUUCCUGCACCGCCUACUCCAGCCUGGAAAGCAAGAGGAAGGUCUGGGAUCAGGUCCGGGGCCGAAGCCUUUCUCCCAGAGGGAAACGCAAAGGAGGGAGGAAGCGGAAGCCAUGCAGGAGGAGUCCAGCGGACAAGGGACAGGGUCCGGCCGAAAGGCGCCCUCCGGGCCCAAGCCCCUGUCAAGCGGAAGACAACCCGGAAGCGAGCGCUAGGGGGCUUUCCGACGAGUCGCCGCCCCACCGGAGCAGCCCAAGCGAGUCGCUGCCCUCUCCCGUGGCAGACGAGGCGGUGGACAAGUGCAGCCUCAGCAAGCUGCGCUCCGCCACCCCGGUGGUCCAAGUCCCCUCCAUGCUUGGCCUCAAGACCCUCGUGAAGUCCCCCUCGUGCUUGGAUUUCCUUCCAUGGGUGCUCACCGCCGACAAAUGCGCCGGACGCCCCUUCCGGGAGUUCUUGCUGAGCAGGAGUUACUCCACGGAGGUGCAUCUGCUUGACCUCUGGCACGACCUGGAGGACUUUUUGCGCAUGAUGCUCUGCUCCCUGGGCGAAGGGAACAUCCUCCUGCGCCACGUGAUGGGAGAACGGAUCUGCGAGCUGUACCUGACCCAGAGCAGCAACUGGCACCUCCCGCUGAAGCUCAGCACUCUGAAGAGCUUGCAGAAUCUCCUGCCUUCCGGGCACGUGAUUCCCUGGGUGCUCAAGGCCCAGAAGGAAAUCUGCAAGAUACUCAGUUUCCUCUAUGAGGAGUUCCUUCAGCAGGAUGACAAGAUGUUCCUAUAUUAUGUGAGCGGUAAGGAGAAGAAACCGGAAGAAGACGAGCUGCUGAACGAACGGGAAGAGGUCUUCCGGCUGGUCCAAAGAAUCAUUGAAUCUGUGCAUCUGAGCCAGGCCUUGGCUGGAAUGAAAGACUUCGAUCCACUUACUGGAGAGCACUGGGAGAUGCUGGGCACGCAGGACCUGCGUACGGGGGGCUCCAUCUACAUGGAGCUGAGACCUGUUACCUGGCGGCUGGAUUACAGCAGCAUGGCGUUCGAGGAGCUGGUCCAGCUGAACCCGAAGAUGGCCGUGGAGCUUCUCAGUAAGAACUUCCGGACAUACUGCAAGAAAUGUCCAUCAGGUGGAGUGUUCUACCGACCGUUAGCACCCAGGAGAAGCCUCCACUGGACCCGAUCGAGCCUGUCCUUCAUGAGGAAGGGGGCCGCCUCAAAAAAGUCCCUGAUGAAGCCCAGAACUCUCUCGGAGGUGCUGCAGACUCCUCUGCACCUGGAUUACUUCCGGCACUUCCUCAAGAUGCACUACGCGGAGGCAGCGCUGCUCUUCUGGAUGGCGGUGGAGGAACUGAAAAACGAGCCCAGCAGCAGGGUGCAGCGUGCGCAGAUCAACGACUGCGUCAGAACCUUCUUCUUCAACGCCAUCCCACCCGAAAAGCUGCUGCAGUGCAAUGCGGACAUCAUCAAAGAGAUUCCAAGGGCAUAUCUCGUCACAGUUCCCAUGCUGGUCACAGCCCAAAUGGAAGUCAUGAAGAUCCUGGAAGAGAAAUGGUUUAAAAUGUAUCAAGGCUUAUAUCCUGAGAACGAUCUUACAUUAGUUCCACCUGGUGGGGGAAGGUCAAGGAGGACUUCCAUGAUCAAAGAAAAGAUGAAAAGGUGCUGGUACGCUCUCGCCGCCUUCGUCAGGACUGUCUGCAGGUUCCGAAAGGCGAUGAGUUACGUGACACAUCGCAAGCUCUUUGAAGAAUUCCUCCACCGGGAAAUAAAAAAUGACAAGGAAAACCUGCCAAGCCCAGGAACUCAGGCCCGCCUGAGCAUCAGUGGACCUAGUGGGCGUCCCGGGUUAUAUUCCGGCAUGUCCGAGGACGUUGAGGUCAUGCAAGCAAAACGCAAGAUUUUUGGGAGCCGCAUCAUCUCGGUGAACUUCCUGGUCAACGACCUCUAUUUUUAUCUGGAGAUGGAGAAGUUUUUCCAUCUGGCUGACUCAGUGGUCGUGCUGGCCUCUCUCGGACUGUACACCGAAAAAGACAUCGCCUUCCUGAAGAGCAAAGUGGCCACCAUCAACAAACUCUUCUUGAAUUCAGAUAUUCCACCUAAACUAAGGGUCAACCUCACAGAUGCCCAGUGUGUCCAGAUCCGGGCUUUAAUUGCUGAAGGGGUGCUGAACAGAACGCUUUAUCAUGGUGCUAUCGUCUCCAUAUUCCCAGUUUUGUUGUAUUUCUGGAAGAGGUAUUGCCACUGGAAGGUAAUGAAGGGCUUCAAAAAAGCGAAGGUAGAGAAAGCCGUCCUUUCUCCUCCAGUGCCUCCUGCGAGACUCGCUCGGAAGAUCAGUUGCUUCAGUGGAGAAGAUCAUCCAAUCAUCAGGUAUACAAUUCUCAAAGGAAUCCAGCUCUUUCUGCCUCAGCCUAAAGAAGAGGUGGAUGAAUUGCCUGGAGAGAAAUCUUCUGUUGGAAGCUUAGGCCACUACAACAGGAAGUCCUCAACUGGGCUCUGUGCACCCCAGAAACGGUAA